AUGGCUCCCACUCGUCGCUAUCUGCGCAUCACCCGCUACUCCGCCCUCGAGGUCCGCGUCUAUCUCGACAAUCCCGCCCUCCAAGAUACCUGGCUGCUACGUCCCUCGGACCCCGCCCUGCCGCGCAUCAUCCAGGCCGUGCGCCCACUCGUGCUGCCGAAGCUUUGGGAGGAGAGCGAGCGCGUCAAAGGCAAGGCCAAGGGCAACAACAAAGGCGUGCGCGACGUCGUGGCCGGAGACGACUUUGAAGUCUCCAUCUUCCUGACCGAGAACUCGUCGCCGCACUCGCUCCUCACAAAAUCAAAGACGUUCAAAGACAAGCCUCGACUCAAGUCCAACUCGGGCAAGCUGACCGCCUGGCUCAGCGCCGGCAACACCAGCGACAAGCCGGUCGACGUCGACGACGACGCGCCCCUUGCCCUCAACGACAUCCCCGAAGCCACUCCCCCAACCAGACCAAGCAGGCGGCGCUCAGGAAACAAGCGGCAGCGCGCGUUGCAGGAAGAGGACGAAAUCGACGAGGACGCCCUCUUCGUCAGCCAGCCCGACCACCCCGACCCCGACAGCAGCGAGUCGUCAGACGACGCCUACGAGCGACCCACGAAGCGCAAGCGGCGAAGCCCGCCCAAAGACGACGCGCCCGCCGACGACAAGAAGAAGCUCGCGCUCAACACGUCCUACGACGGCUUCAGCAUCUACGGACGCGUGCUGUGUCUGGUCGUGAAGCGCAAGGGCGGCGGCAGCAGCAGCGCGCAAAAGGCGACCACCGGCCCAGCCGCGCAGCAGCAGUCCAGCAGCACCGCGGCGUCAAGCUAG